AUGGAUGCAAAGAACAAGUCCGAUAACGGCAAGAGGCGUGUAUUUAUACCGUCAUUUCUGAGGCGCUCCGGCAUCAAGCUCACGGCAGAUGUCUGCGCGGAGCCAUCAGAGCAAGGCGCGCCGGUACAGGUCCCUGAUCGCAGCAGCAACCCCGGUAGCGAACCAGCAACACCAGAUUUGCAACCACACUCGCAUAAACCCCAGAGACACUUCGCCUGGAGGCCACGAAGCUUUCUCAACGAAAUCGCCACCACGCCCUUGACACGCACACGCCACUGCGACUCGCCCGCCGACACCAUGGGCUCAGGUGAAGCGAAAAAGGCAGAGACGGAAAGCGACUACUUCACUUCAGCCACCCGGCCAAGUUCGGAAUCAGACAAAAGUACGCGCAUGAAGGGAGACGAAAGUGAGGUGCCUAGCGCAGCCGACGACGGUGCCUCUACGACGGCCAUACGCGGAGAAGAGGAAGCUAGCAAGGGCACCGGAAGUAGUAGCGGCGCCGGCACUUUGACCCCGCCCAGCAGCGUCGCUGAGCAGAUCGACGGCGUCGACGAGGAUUCUGAGACGUCGAGCAAAGCCCCUAGCGCCACCGUGCAGCUGUCGUCUGCCAUGGCCGCCUAUGAGGUGGCGCGCGAGUACCAGAGGCGGGUGGAUAGAGGCGAGGUGAGGGCUCCGACAGACCAGGACCGUGCCAACUACGUCAACUGGAAGCGCAACUACAUUGCUUGGCUAGCAAAGAAGCGAGGAGAGGAAGCGAGAGAGCAGACAUCCCGGCUCUGA